AUGGCCCUCUCCAAUAUGUUCCAAGGCGAAUCAUCUUCCACUAAAGGAGCCAACGAUAUCCCGGCACCCAGAUCAGACGCCACUGUAAAUGCGCCUCCUCCUGAACAACAUCGGACAGUAGCUGGUUUCGUCAGUGAAGCACCAAACGCAAGGUACUUUUUCGAUUCGAGAAGAAAUGGCGAUGCAGCAGAUACAGAACUAUGCAGAACAACGCCCGAAGGAGGAAGGAGCUGUAUUAAGCUCGCUAUUGCGAGUGCAGGAUUGUUCAAGAGUAUGCAAUCGCUUGGCUUCUACUGUGCGCUCCCUGCCGAGCCAACACGAACACAUAUGGAAUGUAACCGAAUCUCACAAAUAGUAGACCAAAGGAGAUAA